GAGGAGCAGGUGCAGGGCAGCUGUGAGUGAAAGCAGUACAGAGACUUGGCCAACUACAGUGACAAUACUGAGAACUCCCUACUGGAAAGUCACUUCUGCUCCACAGUGGAGGGGCCGCUACUGACCUCCUUCAAGGCUGUGUUCAUGCCUGUGGCCUACAGCCUCAUCUUCCUCCUGGGAUUAAUGGGCAAUGUCCUAGUGCUGGUGAUCCUGGUGAGGCACCGGCAGACACGAAGCUCCACCGAGACCUUCCUGUUCCACCUGGCAGUGGCCGAUCUCCUACUAGUCUUCAUCCUGCCCUUUGCUGUGGCCGAGGGCUCUGUGGGCUGGGUCCUGGGGACCUCACUCUGCAAAAUUGUGAUUGCUUUGCACAAGAUCAACUUCUACUGCAGCAGCCUGCUGCUGGCCUGCAUCGCUGUGGACCGCUAUCUGGCCAUUGUCCACGCUGUCCAUGCCUACCGCCAUCGCCGCCUCCUCUCCAUCCACAUCACCUGCUCGACCAUCUGGGUGGCGGGCUUCCUCUUUGCCCUCCCAGAGGUUCUCUUUGCCAAGGUCAGCCAACCCCACAGCAACGACUCCCUGCCACGCUGCACCUUCUCCCAAGAGAAUCAAGCCGAAACCAGAGCCUGGUUUACCUCACGCUUCCUCUACCAUGUUGGAGGCUUCCUGCUGCCAAUGCUGGUAAUGGGCUGGUGCUAUGUAGGGGUCGUGCAUAGGCUGUGCCAGGCCCAGCGGCGCCCUCAGCGGCAGAAGGCAGUCAGAGUGGCCAUCCUGGUGACGAGCGUCUUCUUUCUCUGCUGGUCACCCUACCACAUCGUCAUCUUCCUGGACACCCUGGCAAGGCUGAAGGCUGUGGCCAACAGCUGUGAGCUGAAUGGGUAUCUCCCCGUGGUCAUCACCAUGUGUGAGUUUGUGGGCCUGGCCCACUGCUGCCUCAACCCCAUGCUCUACACCUUCGCUGGUGUAAAGUUCCGGAGUGACCUGUCUCGGCUUCUGACCAAGCUGGGCUGUGCCGGUCCCGCCUCCCUGUGCCAGCUCUUCCCUAGCUGGCGCAAGAGCAGUCUCUCUGAGUCAGAGAAUGCCACCUCCCUCACCACCUUUUAA